AUGAACCUGAUGGAGUUUAAUCAGUCUGAUCGCUGUGAGCAUUUCUCCUGUCCAGAGAGAUCUGUAUCUCCUGCAGUUUAUAUCUUACUGUACGUGUGUUCAGCUGCUGUGGUUCUGCUAACAGUGUGUGGAAAUCUGCUGGUCAUCAUCUCUGUUCUUCACUUCAAGCAGCUUCACACACCAACCAACAUGCUGGUGCUCUCUCUGGCUGUGACAGAUUUCCUUGUCGGUGCUUUAGUGAUGCCGUCAAUAUUAAUCUGGACAAUCGAGUCAUGCUGGAUUUUUGGGAGAGGAUUCUGCAUCUGUUUUUUGUUAAUUUAUAGUGUCCUUACGUAUUUAUCUAUCUAUAAUAUCGCUCUGAUUGCUGUGGAUCGGUAUUUGGCUCUCUCAAACCCUUUUCUCUACAUGAACACAGUCACUAAGAGGACAAUGUGCAUUGUGGUUUAUUCUAACUGGUGUAUAAGUCUAGUGUAUAAUGCAGCACUCUGUUUUUUUGAUGGAAGUUUCAUGAAUUUUCUCUCUUGUCCUGAAGAGUGUAUUUAUUUUCUGGAUGAGGUUUGGGCUGUAAUUGAUCUUUUAGUAACAUUCAUAUUUCCACUUUCUGUCAUAAUCAUAUUGUAUACUCGAGUUUUUGUGAUUGCUAAGAAACAUGCCACUGCUAUCAGAGAGCUUAAUAAUCACACACGACCUAAAACACAGAAAAUCACCUCACACUCCAUGAAAUCUGAGAGAAAAGCAGCUAAAGUCCUCGGCAUUUUAGUGUCUGUGUUUCUGAUGUGUUUACUUCCAUAUUUUAUUUAUAGUUUAUUAGGGAAUGUUCUUGAAAUGCAGGUAGACACAGUUAAGAAAGUUUUGCUCAUACUUUGUCUUAAUUCCACCAUUAAUCCAGUUAUUUAUGCCCUGUUUUACACAUGGUUUCGGAGGUGCAUUAAAUUAAUCAUAACUCUGCAAAUAUUUCGAACAGACUCUGCAUUAAUAAUAGUUGUUUCGUGA